CGUUGUUGGUCCCUAUAGCUUUGCAGUCAUUUUGGUCAGUAACACAACCAGCCAUUCACGCGCCAGGCAGGACGUAUACAAGCUUUUAAAGAGCCGAAAGUCCUUCGUUCAUAGGCAGCAUGACGACUAAGCACGAAUUCUUUGUGGAUAUGACAUGUGAAGGAUGCUCUGGUGCAGUCACCCGAGUUCUCAAUAAACUGGGUGGUGUCCAGUUCGAGAUUGAUCUCCCCAACAAGAAGGUUUUCAUUGAAUCUGACAAGGACACAGAUGUGCUUCUUGAAACACUAAAGAAGACUGGAAAGGCAGCUAACUACAUUGGCCCCAAGUGAAGAAUUGACCUCUUUCCUUAUAAAAAUGAUUUGAAGGAUGACCAUGAGGAGAAAAGACUGACAACAGUCUUGCUGUCAUGUCUUCAUGGACCACUGGAAUGAACUCACUCUACCAAGCUGUUUACUUUUAGUUAUUUUAACACUAUGUCUUGUAUAACAAACACACAUUUAAUUGAUCUACUUGUAUACAUUCAUGUUUUAAAUUAGCUCAAUUUAUUUGAAAUAUAACAUUUCAUAAUGAAAGCACCUAUUGUAACACAUGUGGGUUGAGAGAGGUGAUCAUCCAAUAUUAGUUGUUUUUCUGUCACUGUCUCAAUAAUAAUGAACUCCUGUUGUCCAUGUAAACUCAAUCCUACAUUUUACAUUGGGUUGACUAGCAUGGGGGCUGGUUAAGCUGAGCUAUUCAUGAGUUCUUAAAGAUGCAAUCUACAAUAUUUGGCCACUAGUUGUAAAUGUGGUGCUGUUGAGCCCAAAACUGAAAAUUGCAUAUGUGCUCAUUAAAACCACUUGGUUUUAAACUUGAAAUUUCAUGGGUGAUAUGAUAGUGAUUCUAUUUAUAGAUUAUGGACAUAAACACAACAUAUUUUGCACCUGUCCUUUUAUUCUCUAUAAUUGCAAAGCCUUUCUUAAAGGGUUUAGUUAAUGUUUGUAAUUCCUCUGAAAAAGUAAAACAUUUAAAUUAAAGCAGCAUGUAAGUCUA